AUGAAUGGACGAGGCCGGCUCUUUAUUGAAGUGUUGCGGAUUCUUCGUCUGCUAUUUCAAAACAACGAUGGCGAUGAUGCUAGCAGCCCAGCCUUUCACGUAGUUGGCCCCCUCGCUGCCAAACUUCGGCUUCAGUCAGGGUGUCCAAACGAGGUUUUGGGCUGGCUCAGUAUGCAGAAACCUGCAACAAGCCGAUGCACCAACUGGGGUACCCUGAGUAUGUCACGCAGGCUGGUGACUGGGGGUAUUGGAUUACUCGAGCUAUUGGGAAGCUCUAUCCUGAAAGCUGUAGGGCGAGCCAUUAUAAUAUGGCCUACACGGGCCCACCGACUUUCAAAACUAAUCCUCUACUUGCACUACAGAAUGCACUAUUACCAUACAGCGAGGAUGUAUAGGAGGGCGCUGAAGCGCAAUGAACUGUUCGGGAGAGAGGGAAAAGGCUAUAACUAUAUUGAGUCUACAAAACCUCAAAACACUCGCCUACGCUCUCCACGACUCCCCAUUGCUCUCCUGGCUUGGAUCUAUGAGAAAUUGCACGACUGGUCUGACGCAUACCCCUGGACAGAUGACGAAAUCCUCACCUGGAUAUGCAUAUAUGCCUUUAGUCGUGCGGGGCCUGGUGCUGCGCAUAGGAUAUACUUUGAAGUUGCCCAUGCGGAUGCUGCCAUCAAAAACCAGUAUGGGAAACUGGUGACACUCAAUUAUGGAGGUAUGCUGGAGUAUACUGAGGAAGUGAAGAUUGGGCUUACGUAUAAUCCGAAAGAACUGGAAGCGUUACCCACUCGAUGGGGUGGGACAUUUGGGAAUGUAGUGUUAUCAGGCGGAGGAUGAAAGGGGAGGGCAAGCUUUUGCAUUCGUUGCUUUGAUAUGAAAACUGGCCUGAGCAGCAACUUCAACGCCAUUUAUCACUCUGUUAACGUACAGUCAUAGGCACUUCUAUGCCCACGAACAUCCGAAUUUCUCACCUGCGACUUGAAAUGCAUGUUUGGGAAUGGCAGAGGAGCAUAUGGGAUAAUACUAGGCAAGGAUGGAUACUAAUCAUGGGUUUCGGUUGAAAUGUGGCAUUUUAAAUAGCGAUGUAAGAAGUCAAAUAUCU